CUACAUCACAAACCGAAAACGGUGGCAACCAAACAUCGUUGAAUCGAAUUGAAGAUAACAAGACAGUACUAUAAAAGUGAACAACCAUGGCUGUUGGGAAGAACAAACGCAUCUCAAAGGGGAAGAAAGGUGGCAAGAAGAAAGCAGCUGAUCCCUUUGCCAAGAAGGAUUGGUAUGACAUUAAGGCUCCUUCAGUUUUCCAAGUGAAAAAUGUCGGCAAAACCCUCGUAUCUCGUACUCAGGGUACCAAGAUUGCUUCAGAUGGACUUAAACAUAGAGUGUUUGAGGUUUCAUUGGCUGAUCUUCAAGGUGACGAGGAACAUGCUUUCAGGAAGAUUAGGUUGAGAGCUGAAGAUGUUCAAGGGAAGAAUCUUUUGACAAAUUUCUGGGGGAUGAAUUUCACAACCGACAAACUGAGGUCAUUGGUUCGUAAGUGGCAAUCUCUAAUUGAAGCCCAUGUUGAUGUGAAGACUACUGAUAAUUACACAUUGAGGAUGUUUUGCAUUGGAUUCACCAAGAGGAGAACUAACCAGGUGAAGAGGACCUGUUAUGCUCAAUCUAGCCAGAUUAAACAGAUCCGUAGGAAGAUGAGAGAGAUCAUGGUCAACCAAGCAACAUCCUGCGAUUUGAAGGAAUUGGUUCGUAAGUUCAUUCCAGAAAUGAUUGGAAAAGAAAUUGAGAAGGCCACAUCUAGCAUUUACCCUCUGCAGAAUGUGUUCAUUCGUAAAGUGAAGAUCCUUAAAGCUCCUAAGUUUGAUCUUGGAAAAUUGAUGGAGGUUCAUGGUGAUUACUCUGAGGACAUUGGCACAAAGGUAGACAGACCUGCUGAAGAAACCGUGGCAGAGGAACCUACUGAAAUUGUUGGAGCUUGAUUUAGCGAUAAAUCCUUUCAUUUAGGUUUCCUGUUAUGUUUUAAGUGAUAUUAUUAUGUUUAAACUUUAGUCUGAUGUUUCUAUGUAAUCUGAGUGCACAACAAUUUUUGACUAAACAUAUAUUUGGAUUUUGUUUGGAACCAUGAAAGUCA